AAUAAAAAUACUAAUCAUAGGUGAUCAACAUGUCUGCGGAAAUACAACAACAAUUGUGCAGUUCUGCGAAACUCGAUCGUGACAAAGCUUACGUGGACCUGCAAAGUCUCAUAACAAGCCUAGAUGAAGAAGGAAUUGAAGAUUUACAGUCCGAUUUUAUCCGACUUCUGGGGCAGGUGACAGACAAAUGGGAAACGCGACACGGUGCGCUAUCUGGUUGCAAAGCACUGCUAGAUAGCAACAAGAGUUCAGACGACUUUGCUAUCGAAGUGCUGGAUCAUGCUCUGCAGUCACUAGAUGACACCGAAUUUAGAGUACGUAUUGUUGCAGGUGAGGUUCUGGGUGCUCUGUGUAGAACUUUGGGACCUCAGAUCUAUGGCAGAAUAAAAUCACAGAUACUUGAAGGAAUCAGGUCAAAUCUUGAGAGGCAGCCUAUUACAGAAUCUGGUAUGAUGGAGCAAGAAAAUAUGGAGAAACUUGUUGAGAAAUUAUCUAGUUCACCAAGUAGCCCAAGGAGAACAAGUUCUGAUGCUGCUCAGAUAUUUCAUGACACUGCUGGAUGGAAGUCUCUAGAAACAUAUAUGAAAUGCUUGCAGAGUGUGAUAGAAGGAUGUGGCUAUGGUUUCAACGAAUUUGUGGACCAGGAAUUGCUUGACCUCAUCUUCAGUGCUCUAGUGCACACCAACCGCUUUGUCAGAGAGACAGGUUACUAUGUCUGUGCCUCGCUCGUUGGAUGUGGAGCAAAAGCAGGAUCGGAAUUGGACAGUGAGGCCAAACUGACAGAAGAAAAUGCCAUAUACAGACAUGGUCACCAGUUUACUAAGUACCUCAGCCUAGGACUAGCAGAUAACUGGAGUCAGGUUCGUUUGGCAUCAUCUGUGGCAACCCGGAAAUUUUUCCUCAGCCUUCCAACAGAAGAAACACGCCAGAAGUUUUACCCCCUGCUGAUCCCAAGAAUGUGUCUUAACAGGUACUAUAUGGCAGAAGGAGUGAGAAUCUACUCCCAGGAGACCUGGCGCCUGGUAACACAGGGGACUGGAAAAAGUUAUGUGGAACAAUACAUAGAUAAUGUUGUUGACUACUACAUUCAAGCUACAGACUCCAAUAACCACGCAGUGCGCGAAGCUGCUUGUGCUUGUAUUGCUGAGCUGGGGUCAAAGAUAGACAUCUCUGCAGCAAGCCAUCAUGUUCCCAGACUUUUGGAAACUCUUUUCAUCUGCUUCAAUGAUGACAGCUGGCCAGUCAGAGAUGCUGCAUGUGUAGCCUGUGGUAACUUCAUCCUCUGCUUCCCAGAAGAAUCCAGACAUGAACUACCUAGUUUAUACCCACUGUUUUUUAACAACCUUCAGGACAAUAUUUCCUCUGUGAGACAGGGUGCAGCCAUUGCUUUGGUUAAUGUAGUCAAAGCUUAUGGUGAAUCCAGUUACGAAACAGUGCUGGGAAAGGUCAAAGAAGGUUUUGAGGGUCUGGAAAACCAACCUGCAACAAGCGAGAAGUAUGGAGGAAUGGACAAAGGACCUGCCACUUACAGUGUUGCUAAACAGUUGCGAGACAAUGACAUGGACCUACACACUGACAAACAGAUGUAUUCUUGUGGAUCACUUGCUCCUAAGAUGGGCAGAGGUCGGGAUGGUGGCUGCAUGGAUCACAAAUUCAGAAAACCUCCAGAACCAUGGGAACUGGCUGAUGGGUGUGUUCACUUGAUGGCAGAACUGUCACACAUUGCUGCUCUGGGAUCAGCAAUCACCAAACUGAUGCCUCUUCUGGCAAAGGCUUGUUCAAAAAGGCACUAUACACAUCACCUGAACUUCCUUGAGACAGUGUGUAAACAGCUGCCAAACUUGGCUAAGGGCUUGGGGAAGAGGUCUUUUAAACUGUUCCUUGAAUCAUUUCUGGAGCCCAUUUGCUACAGCAUUGAAUCUGACAAUAUUCUGACAUCCACUGCUGGCAGCCAGUGUCUGGCAGAGUUAACCACCUUUAUUGGAGAAGGCAUAAUGAGAGGAAGAAUAGAACAGUAUGAUCCACGAUAUCUGGACUAUCUCCAGCCUUCCUUUGGACCCCCACAUCAUUAAAAUUUAGAUGGAAACAUAAUUAGCUUUUUAUUGAACAAUUAUGCAGUGCAAUUUAAUGUUUCUUUGGUGUCAUAAUAUGAAUGAUAGUUUCAGUAUCUUUUUAGGAGCUUCAGAUCAUCUGUCAGUGGCUAUUAUCAAAGGUUUCAUUUGAAUAUGCUACACGUUGGACUGAGUAAAGAGACUUUAUGUUUGUUAUGAACAAGAUCUCAGAGUUUUUCUUUUUUCCUUUUCUUUUGACAAUCAAAAUACUAAUAGAGAGUUUUGCCUAAGAGAACAACAACGGGGUGAAACUUGUUUUCGUUGGUGAUACCUAUAAUUUCUUGCAGUUGACAUUUGAAAUGCAUUAUAGCUGUUCUUAUUGAAAAAAAAGAAAAUAUAUGAAGGGUAUGGACUGUACAGUUAUAGAUGGAGAGGCCUGUACAAAGUGGCCAUGAUUUGGACAUUUGCUUGUCAGAAUGCUGCUUCAGCAAGAUAUUAUAAGGAGGUGAAAUUAGCCUCGUCUGUGUAACUGUUGUAAUCGAUUUAGCGUUACUUGCUAUAUCAUAUACGCAGUAUUUUUGAUGAUGUGAAAGUGAUACCAUUUCCUUUAUUACAUGCGUGCUAUCUAACAAACUCCUAACAGUUCAAGUUCGCGCAGAUGUGGGUUUUUUCCUUUUUACUGUAAAUGUUCCAAUAAUCUGUAAACAGUUAAUAAAUUGUGAUCACUUACAUCACAGUCAUCCAUUUUCAAAAAUAGUUAUCAUGCUUUGUACUUAAAGAUGCAGUUUAUUUAAUUUUCAAUAUGUAAGUCGGUAAUAAUGCAUUGUGCUUGGCUGUAGUAAAGAGUCAUCCUUAUUAAUUUCA